CGGGACCUCACCGGGACCUCACCGGGACCACAUGCUCAAUGGGAGAGGGAACAAUGUCGGAUCGCAUCGCUGCUCUGCGCUCAUUUCGACAAGCCUCUAAUGUAGACUAACAUUUGGAACGAUAAAGAUUCAAAUAAUUAAAAUAAAAGACAACGGUUGUACAAGCAAGCAACACUGCAUUUAACGGUAACGGAGAAUGUUCGAUAUAUCCGUUCGUUACCGGCCCCUUUGCUACGGGGACAUAUCUUCAGUGCCUAUCAUUGUAUGGUGGAUCCGGUCCAUAGACAACAAGUAGAAACGAUCAUCACAAAUAAAGGGACUUCUUGUCGUUUCGUUACGACUCAACUAGGCCGGUACGUAAAGGCUAUAAAACACUGAGGAAAAUAUCCACGUACACCGUUCAUAGCGCAUACAGAUCAAGGAUGGGGAAAAUCCUCAGGUAGCCUAUGAUGUACAGCCAAGAUCACAACGGAGAGGUCGGUUACAUAUUCCCGGUCUCCACUACUGCUGCAUUCGACUACAGGUCUACGCAUGCGCACCAUCAAACCGUGUCUGUCAUCAGUCCAACGAGUAGCACCGGAGAACCGUUUCCAGCUGCAGUGAAAAGGGUUGCAGUCAUUAUGUUGCCUGUAUAACGGAUUUCUCUUUUCGGCCGUUAUGUUAACUAGUCUUAUAUAGGAACAUAAACCGCGGAUAUAUAUCAAAAUAUAUAUUAGAGUUUUGGGUAGCCGAAACUGUGGAACUAUUAAGAUUGCAUGACCUUGUACUGAGUGUCACAAUAUAAGGACCGUGUAUAGCCCUAUCUGUCGACACGGGGAACUCCGAUACUGGCCUGCAAAGAUGGAGCUCACCACACAUCUGAUAAAUGAUACCAUUAAUUUAUAUAAAUGGGCCCUUACCAUCGCAGACAAACGAGUGGAGAAAUGGCCCCUGAUGGACAACCCCCUCCCAACGCUGGCCAUCAGUUCCUCCUACCUGCUGUUCCUGUGGCUGGGGCCCAAGUACAUGCAGAACAGAGAACCCUUCCAGCUCAAGAAGACACUCAUCCUCUACAACUUCAGCAUGGUCGUCUUCAACUUCUUCAUCUGCAAAGAGCUCUUCCUGGCGGCUCGGGCGGCCGGAUACAGCUACAUCUGCCAGUCUGUUGACUACUCAGACGACCCCAAUGAAGUCCGGAUAGCAGCAGCCUUGUGGUGGUAUUUCAUCUCUAAAGGAGUAGAGUACCUGGACACGGUGUUCUUCAUCCUGAGGAAGAAGUUUAACCAGGUCAGCUUCCUACACGUCUACCACCACUGUACCAUGUUCACUCUCUGGUGGAUCGGCAUCAAGUGGGUCGCUGGCGGACAGUCAUUCUUUGGUGCACACAUGAACGCAGCCAUCCAUGUCCUGAUGUAUCUGUACUAUGGUCUGGCCUCCUUUGGACCCAAGAUCCAGAAGUACCUGUGGUGGAAGAAGUACCUGACUGUCAUACAGAUGAUCCAGUUCCAUGUCACCAUCGGCCACACUGCCCUGUCCCUCUACAUGGACUGUGAGUUUCCACACUGGAUGCACUACGCCCUUAUCUGCUACGCCCUCACCUUCAUCGCCCUGUUCGGUAACUUCUACUACCAGACGUAUCGUCGCACGCCACGCCAACCCAGGGAGCCCAAGGCCUCCAAGGCUCUGUCUAACGGGGUCUCCAACGGGCUGUCCAAGGGACUGGGGAAUGGAGCGGCGGUAGGGGGCAAGGUGGAGGAAAAGGAGAGGUCGUCAGGGGUGGACAACGGGAAUGGAAGGAGAAAGAGGAAGGGGAGGGCCAAGAGGGAUUAGACAGAGGGAGGGGUAUAGGGCUGAAGGAGGCUGGCACUAACAGGCCUUGCUGUUUGAUCUUAUUUUACCUCCUACAUGGCACCCUACUCCCUAUACAGUACACUACUUGUAGGUGGAUGUGUGGUAAAAGGCAAGGCUGGAGUCAAUUCCAUUUCAAAUCAGUCAAUUUAUGAAGAAAACUGACAUUGAAAAUGUCCAAUUUUCCUCAUUGGCUUUGAUUGGGGAAAAUGAGAAUUUCAGUUAACUUUCUGCGUUGACUGAAUUGAAAGGGAAAUAACCCCAACCCUUGUAAGAGGUCGCGACGUGUCCCAGGUGACCGUCAUUACAACUAAUCCAAUAUUCAGUCGUUUCUGGUCUGGAAAACAAUAACAUCAACAUGUUCUCUCUCUGUACUGCAGUGUUGAGGUUUGUAGCUAGCUAACCGACUGGUUUGUAGCUAGCUGACCGACUGGUUUGUAGCUAGCUGACCGACUGGUUUGUAGCUAGCUAACUGACUGGUUUGUAGCUAGCUAACUGACUGGUUUGUAGCUAGCUAACUGACUGGUUUGUAGCUAGCUGACCGACUGGUUGCUAGCUAGCUGACCGACUGGUUUGUAGCUAGCUAACUGACUGGUUUGUAGCUAGCUGACCGACUGGUUUGUAGCUAGCUGACCGACUGGUUUGUAGCUAGCUGACCGACUGGUUUGUAGCUAGCUGACCGACUGGUUUGUAGCUAGCUGACCGACUGGUUUGUAGCUAGCUGACCGACUGGUUUGUAGCUAGCUAACCUGCUGGUUUGUAGCUAGCUAACCUGCUGGUUUGUAGCUAGCUAACUGACUGGUUUGUAGCUAUAACCCACUGGUGUGUAGCUCUAACCCACUGGUGUGUAGCUAUAACCCACUGGUGUGUAGCUAGCUAACUGACUGGUGUGUAGCUCUAACCCACUGGUGUGUAGCUAGCUAACUGACUGGUGUGUAGCUAGCUAGCUGACUGGUGUGUAGCUAGCUAACCCACUGGUGUGUAGCUAUAACUCAGUGGUAACAGUCACACUGCUAUCUAGAGACAGGAACACACCACACACACGUAGGCUUCCAUCAACAUCCAAUACAGGAGACAAUGUCAGUCGAUCUUUGGGCUUUUUUAAUUUAAACAUUCAAUGUGUACGUAUGCCUUUUAAAGAAUAUGACUUACUCAUACUGUCAUUUUUGUCCUUUGUCCAGAUUUGUUGAUUCAUAUUAUUUGAGGUAGGCCAUUGAAUUCUUCAGCCCACUCACGCUGUUGCCAUAAGCAGAGAGAGAGAGAAAGAGGUCAGUUUACAUGACCCAUACAAAAAAUGUUGUGAUGGUUCUUUUUUCUCAAUAAGACAGACUUAGCUGUUGGCUAUCCUAGCCACACACUGAGAUUACAUAAGGUCUAAAAAACAAAUUUGACACUUGAGCUCUUGAAAUGCAAGCUAAGCUUUAUCCAAUUACAACUUGGCCAGUUAGACUUGUUUACUGUACAUGCUAAUAAAAAGCAUUACUCAUUAUUAUUAGAAGUGACAUUCAGUUGGAGACAGUGGAAUCUAGAAGUGCCAUUCAGUUAGAGACAGUGGAAUCUAGAAGUGACAUUCGGUUAGAGACAGUGGAAUCUAGAAGUGACAUUCAGUUAGAGACAGUGGAAUCUAGAAGUGACAUUCAGUUAGAGACAGUGGAAUCUAGAAGUGACAUUCAGUUAGAGACAGUGGAAUCUAGAAGCGACAUUCAGUUAGAGACAGUGGAAUCUAGAAGCGACAUUCAUUUUGAAACAGUGGAAUCUAGAAGUGACAUUCAGUUAGAGACAGUGGAAUCUAGAAGUGACAUUCGGUUAGAGACAGUGGAAUCUAGAAGUGACAUUCAGAGACAGUGGAAUCUAGAAGCGACAUUCAGUUAGAGACAGUGGAAUCUAGAAGUGACAUUCAGUUAGAGACAGUGGAAUCUAGAAGUGACAUUCGGUUAGAGACAGUGGCAUCUAGAAGCGACAUUCAGUUAGAGACAGUGGAAUCUAGAAGUGACAUUCAAUUAGAGACAGUGGAAUCUAGAAGUGACAUUCAGUUAGAGACAGUGGAAUCUAGAAGCGACAUUCAGUUAGAGACAGCGGAAUCUUGAAAUGACAUUCAGUUGGAGACAGUGGAAUCUAGAAGCGACAUUCAGUUAGAGACAGUGGAAUCUAGAAGUGACAUUCAGUUGGAGUCAGUGGAAUCUAGAAGCGACAUUCAGUUAGAGACAGCGGAAUCUAGAAGUGACAUUCAAUUAGAAACAGUGGAAUCUGGAAAUGACAUUCAGUUAGAGACAGUGGAAUCUGGAAAUUACAUUCAGUUAGAGACAGCGGAAUCUAGAAGUGACAUUCAGUUAGAGACAGCGGAAUCUAGAAGUGACAUUCAGUUAGAAACAGUGGAAUCUGGAAAUGACAUUCAGUUAGAGACAGCGGAAUCUAGAAGUGACAUUCAGUUAGAGACAGCGGAAUCUAGAAGUGACAUUCGGUUAGAGACAGUGGAAUCUAGAAGCGACAUUCAUUUUGAAACAGUGGAAUCUAGAAGUGACAUUCAGUUAGAGACAGUGGAAUCUAGAAGCGACAUUCAGUUAGAGACAGUGGCAUCUAGAAGCGACAUUCAGAGACAGUGGAAUCUAGAAGUGACAUUCAGUUAGAGACAGUGGAAUCUAGAAAUGACAUUCAGUUAGAGACAGUGGAAUCUAGAAGUGACAUUCAGAGACAGUGGAAUCUAGAAGUGACAUUCAGUUAUAGACAGUGGAAUCUAGAAGUGACAUUCAGUUAGAUACAGUGGAAUCUAGAAGGGACAGUCAGUUAGAGACAGUGGAAUCUAGAAGUGACAUUCAGUUAGAUACAGUGGAAUCUAGAAGUGACAUUCAGUUAUAGACAGUGGAAUCUAGAAACGACAUUCAGUUAGAGACAGUGGAAUCUAGAAGGGACAUUCAGUUAGAGACAGUGGAAUCUAGAAGGGACAUUCAGGUAGAGACAGUGGAAUCUAGAAGUGACAUUCAGGUAGAGACAGUGGAAUCUAGAAGUGACAUUCAGGUAGAGACAGUGGAAUCUAGAAGGGACAUUCAGUUAGAAACAGCGGAAUCUGGAAAUGACAUUCAGUUGGAGACGGUGGAAUCUAGAAGUAACAUUCAGUUAGAGACAGUGGAAUCUAGAAGCGACAUUCAGUUAGAGACAGUGGAAUCUAGAAGCGACAUUCAGUUAGAGACAGUGGAAUCUAGAAGCGACAUUCAGUUAGAGACAGUGGAAUCUAGAAGCGACAUUCAGUUAGAGACAGUGGAAUCUAGAAGUGACAUUCAGAGACAGUGGAAUCUAGAAGUGACAUUCAGUUAGAGACAGUGGUAUCUAGAAGCGACAUUCAGUUAGAGACAGUGGAAUCUAGAAGGGACAUUCAGGUAGAGACAGUGGAAUCUAGAAGUGACAUUCAGGUAGAGACAGUGGAAUCUAGAAGUGACAUUCAGGUAGAGACAGUGGAAUCUAGAAGGGACAUUCAGUUAGAAACAGCGGAAUCUGGAAAUGACAUUCAGUUGGAGACGGUGGAAUCUAGAAGUAACAUUCAGUUAGAGACAGUGGAAUCUAGAAGCGACAUUCAGUUAGAGACAGUGGAAUCUAGAAGCGACAUUCAGUUAGAGACAGUGGAAUCUAGAAGUGACAUUCAGAGACAGUGGAAUCUAGAAGUGACAUUCGGUUAGAGACAGUGGAAUCUAGAAGGGACAUUCAGAGACAGUGGAAUCUAGAAGUGACAUUCAGAGACAGUGGAAUCUAGAAGUGACAUUCAGUUAGAGACAGCGGAAUCUAGAAGUGACAUUCAGUUAGAGACAGCGGAAUCUAGAAGUGACAUUCAGAGACAGUGGAAUCUAGAAGUGACAUUCAGUUAGAGACAGUGGAAUCUAAAAGCGACAUUCAGUUAGAGACAGCGGAAUCUAGAAGUGACAUUCAGAGACAGUGGAAUCUAGAAGUGACAUUCGGUUAGAGACAGUGGAAUCUAAAAGCGACAUUCAGUUAGAGACAGUGGAAUCUAGUCAGAAAUGUUUUCGUGUUUUUUUAUUUCACUGUUCUGUCCUGGUUGCCUCAACAUACAAUAUCACUAGUUGUCUUACUCAGUGAACGUGGAGCUGUGAGCAGAGCCAAGUAGACGUACUAUGUCAGGGAAUAGUAACUGUGAAGACGCUGCUAUGGAUUAUUAGGGCGAAUCAAACGACUAGUCAACUAGGAAAUGCUGUUUAUCAACCAAUCAAAUCAAAUGAUCGAUUGGCGGAUUGAUUUGAUUCGCUGUUUAGGCAAUAUCAGCUGGACAACGUGUUUAGUUAGUGCGCUGUACAUACUGCUACUGAAGGACCAUGUGCUCUACCUAACCGUGACACGUGUAGAGUACAACACCACACUGUCGACUCCAGAGCAGCAAAUCCAACCAUGUAUCACGUUUUGUAAUAAGAUGUUAUUUAUUGAUUUUAUCGAUUUUAUUGUUCCUAUCUUUAAUGUAAAUGUUGUUGUUUGUUUCUGAAUGGGCAAAGUGCUUGUCUGUGUUUUAGUGUUCUUGGAGACUUUUUUCAUUUUUAUUUAUUACGUGUUGUAUAUAUUAUACGCUGUGUGAUUUUGUACAUUUGUGCUUUUUUGGGGGGGGGGAAAGUUCCCAAGUUAAUACCAUGAUGAGCAGAUAUUUCUCUGUCCAAACAGCUUGCACGUUCUUUUAAAUGAUCAUAUGACUUAUUUCAAAACUCAUAGUUACAAAUAAACAGAAUGCCUGUACAUACA